AUGAAGCACUGGGGACUCUGGGCUACAGAUACCAAGCCACCUGCGGGCCAUCUUUUUCAUGCUACAGACGCUGGCCGGCAAGCCCUUGAUCUGUAUUAUGAAGCCCGCAAGGUUCGCGACCCUUCCAAGUCCAAGACUAUGGUGGUCUGCCUCAAGAUAGUUGAAGCUCCGACGGUGGAAUACUUGAAUCACUACGCUAGUCAAGUUCCCCUGAUGGACCCGUCCUAUCUUCCCGCAGGCGAGGUACAAUGGACCUGCCGUGUAUGGGUUAAGGAAACCCUGAAAAGACUCCAUCAGAACAGCCAAAUCGUCUUACCCGCCCAUGUUGACACCAUCGAAUCGUAUGGCAAAUACACUGCGGACCGUUACCUCUCGUACAUGGGAAACCCUCCAAUCAUCAAUGAUUUGAGUUGGCUCACCAAGGCUCCUGAAACAGAUUCGAGAAACACGCGACAGGCCUAUUAUGGGACUGAACCUAUGCAGACCGAAGUCUAUCGCCAGAAUCCCCAUCAGUAUCAGCCAAGAUACUACGGAGCUAAACCUAUGCAAACGGAGGUCUAUCAGCACAGUUCCACCCAGCAUCAGCCUAGAUCAUAUGGAACUAAGCCCAUGCAGACCGAAACCUACCAGCAGGGUUAUAGCCGAUGGUGA